UUUUACAUAAUUCUGUCGCCAAGCGAGCUGCCUUGCCUUUAGCGCUUUGUUUGGACUAUCCCGCAGCCAGACAGUUUGUGAAAAGUUCGCUUUAAACUCUCAACACCAGAUUUCAUUUGAAACAAGACUAGUCCUUUUAAAGAUGGAAAAAGUUAAAGCAAGGAUUAAUAAAUUGAAAGAAGACAUCGAAGCUUGUGAGAAACGAGAAAGCGAAUCAAAAGCACUUCUCAACGAAGCGAAUGUUCGCUUGGAAUCGGCAGAAAGCGAGACAAACUCGUUUAGACGGCGGCUAAAGAUUCUCCGAGGCGAAGUCACUAAAACUAACGAACGGCUAGCAGAGAGGCAAGAACGGUUAAAUACCUUGGAAUCCAAAACAGCCGAACACGAAAUAGCGGUAAAAAGUCUCGAGGAUCAUGAAGUCGAAGGCGAUGAGAGAUUAGGAACUUUAUCGGACGAAAUUAAACGCGGACAAGUCGAGGUCGAAACCUACGACACGCAAUGGCGCGAAGCGAAACGAAAAGAAGUCGUGCUUUUGAACGAUGUGGAGAAAGCGGACAGCCGCUUUCAGGAGAAUUCUUCACGCAUUGAGCAUCUCAUGAAAGCUAUAAACAACGCGUCGGCCCAGAUUAAGGAUUUGGAGGCCCGUGAGGACGAUCAAAGCGAACGCGACACACUCAACGAGGAAAAAUUGGCGUUUCUUACGGAGCAAUACAAGGAAGUGUUAAUCAAAGCUGAAGCAGGGGAGCGCGAUGCAGCUCGUCUAGAACGUAUUAUUACUGGGCUCGAAGCGGAUAUCAAAAAUUGGGGAAAUAAAACUGCCGAUGUUACUGCGGAAAUUAACGAAGUGAAUAAUAUGGUUGAAGAUAUGGAUUAAAUAUCGCGAACUUUGUAUUUAAAUUAUUUGUUAAAUAUGAGCGACCUGCAUGCUUUAUACCAUGGACAAGCGCUAGGUUUGCUUGUCUAGUAGACAAACUGAUGGCUUUACUAUUUAGCACAUUUUGCUCAGAUAUAAUAGUAGGUAGGUAGGUAGGUAUGUUGUUUUAUAAAAGAAAAGGCUGUCAAUGAAUUUUUUCGGAACAAAAUAUUUGCCUCGAUUACUUCUAAAAGUCACAAUUAUAUCCAAAAGUCACAAUGAUAUCCUAAAGUUAAAAUUAUAAUUUCUUAUGUGGAUUUCAAUUUGUAUGGUUCUAUACAUACACGCAGACGUCAACUUAAGGCGGUUUUCCACUAGGCGAAAUUUUUCGACCGAAUCGAAAUUUCUCUUUGUUUCAGAGCUCUCGAGCAGAACUAAUUGUAAAAAGACAAAGAGAAAUUUCGUUUCGGUCGAAAAAUUCCGCCUCGUGGUAUCAGGCCUUUAGGAGCGAACAAAUAUAUUGCUAAAUGUUUACACCCAACCAGGAAUGCAACUAUGUUACGCCCUCUGGCUGGAAUCUACCCGGAAUUACAGGGCUUCAUGUCCGAUUCCUUUCUGAGGACCUUUGGCUACAGUUGCAUUCUUUGCAACUGCUCCUGGUUAAAGUGGAGUAAUACGGGCAACAAAAUUGCUGCAACUUGCAAAAAAAAUUCUACGCAUGUUAAGUAGAAAUGUUGACACAUGUUGCCUCGUGAUUUGUAAUUUAUGUGUAAACAUUCUCAGUAGGCAAUUCCAGCUUUUAGUUUAUGCGUGCAGGGGAUGAUGGGAAGUAAGGAAUCAUAGUCAGCUGAUUAUGCUGAAAAAUUUCAAUAAAAACUACCGAAACAACCGAAAUAUUUCAAUAUUUACAAGUAUAAGCUAUCACUCCGUGUUUACAAGGCCACCAUUUCUAUUUUUCAGCAUAAUCAGCAAUGUGAUACCUUAUUUCCCAUCGUCCCCUGCACGCAUAAACUAAAAGCUGGAAUUGUUGUUGCAAGUUGCAGCAAUUUUGUUGCUCGUAUUACUCCAGCUUCAGCUCUGAAAAGUGUAUAUAAAUUUGCGUAAAAUAUAACACGAACUCCAUAUGCAAAAUAUAACGCGAACUAAACCGUAUAUAGCCAUAUGUAUAAACGGCCCCCUCCAAUUUGUUUGCUUUUGCCAAUAUAAAUUUACGAUUUUUAAUUCGGCAAUGCCGAUGAAUAAUUUAUCAAAAUAGUCGCAUUGUCGAUCUUUACAGGGUCUUACAGCAGAAGAUCACAAACUAAGCUCCAAGAAUGUUUUGUUUACUAUAGUUAUUACUACUAGAAAAUUUUUCUUUCGCUUGGUAUAAUAUAUACAUAUAGAUUAUAGUGAGGAUUACUGUAAUAAUUGAGUAGUUUGUUGUAGGCAAAAUUUUUGUCAUUAUUAAUUAAUGUCCGAACUAACAAGCUGGGUUGAAUAAUUUAGCAUAUUGUUGUAUAUGUGGAAUAAAUUAGUUUUCUAUUGAGUUGGAUAUUUCGCUUCCAAUAAUUUACAUUCAUACUGCAUGUAAACAGACAUUGCAUAAAGUCCUGAUCAAACUAUAGAAUGAGACUUGUUGAGG